AUGUAUCAACAACCAUCGAAUGGGCCUCCGUCAAGAGGACUCCGUUUAGCACAGCAGCGUCGGUUUUUCUUCCUGAACCGUAACCCGCGUGCGGUUCAAAAUGGUGGCAAUGGCGGCCACGAUAGCCAUCAGCAGGCUGCCGUCGGGGAGGUGAGGAUGCCAAGACAGCCUCCGACGACGGCCGCGGUCCAGGGUAGAGACGGCCUCCAAGGCGGCUCAGUCAGACCUCACUUGCAUCGGGAUUCUUCAACAACAAGACCCCAAGAGAACCCCCAGAACACCUCACCCAUGCAAGAACAGAACGUUGAGCUGGAUGCCUACCUUUCCGAAAACUUCAGUACCCUGCAGCAGUUUCUCUCCGACACCACGGAUCGACUUGAUCGUUUGUCUGCCAGAGAUGAGGCUUUCUACAAAUCAUUCGAGUCAACCUUAGGAGUCCUCACAGAGCGCGUUGAGAAGUUGGGCGUCAAAGUGGAGAGCUUCUACAAAUUAAUCGAGUCGUUUCAGGCGUUUCCUACGCCAGAACACUUGGACGCGGACGGUGUGGAUCUAGGAGACAUGACCAAUCUUGUCAACUUUUAG